GUGAUAAAUGAGAACAUGCUGACUGAAAACAGCCACAAUGUAAACUGCAUGAAGAGGCAAAAUACCCAUCAUCCAAGAGGGCGUUCCCAUGUUGAAUUACUUUUACGUGCCACUCUUGACAGUGGGUUCAUACUUGAAUUGCACACAGCUUCUUCAGCGUCUAUGCAAUGUGUGUGGACACCUCUUUGUUUCUGCAAAGACUUAAAAAGAAACGAUGGGACAACACCCAAACCUUUCCUCAUGUCUCCUGGCCUGAAAACAAUAUUGGGAAGAGCUGAGCAGAGCCCCAGGAAUUCAUGUGGAUAAAUCCCUCUAAAAUCUAUGAGAAUACCUUUACUUGGCUUACAUAGCAUGAAUUAGCUUACAGUAUAUAUUAUAGCUAAAGUGGAGUACAUUUUGUAAUGGGAGCUGAGGAUUAUGGAAAGUGAUGACAUGACCAUCCACCUCAAGAGCAAAGACCAAAGACUCUCUGCACUAUAACAGAAACUAACUCAGGACGCAGAGCUUUGGCCUUUCUGACAUAGACCCUACACAGCAUACUAACAUGUUUGCCUCUUACUUCUGACUGCUGCCUUAUUCUGGAAAAAUGAUCACUCACUCAAUAUCUGGUAUUUAAAAAGCUGCCUGAGC